AUGCCUGGCCCCGGGAAGCGCCUCCCUCCGCCGCCGGAGAAGGAGGAGGAGGAGGAGGAGGCGGGCUUGGGGAGGGCCCUGGCUCCCAUCCCUGCUGGGCCCCCUCGCCUGGGGCCCGCCUUCUUCGCCCAGCCCUGCGUCCGCCUGGCCCGGGCCCUGCUGGGGAAGGUGCUGGUGCGCCGGCUGCCCAGGGGCCCUUUGCUCCGAGGGCGGGUGGUGGAGACAGAGGCCUACCUGGGGGGCCCGGACAUGGCUUCCCACUCCCGGGGCGGGCGCCGCACCCCCCGCAACGCAGCCAUGUUCAUGGCCCCCGGCACCCUGUACGUCUACCAGAUCUAUGGCCUCUAUUUCUGUGUGAACAUCUCCAGCCAGGGAGAGGGGGCAGCGGUGCUGCUGCGCUCCCUAGAGCCCCUCGAAGGCCUGGAGGCCAUGCAGGAGCAACGCCUGCUCCUCUCACGCCGCCGGAAGGAACCCCCCGCCCCUCUUAAGGCCUGGCAGCUGUGCAAUGGCCCCUCCAAACUCUGCCAAGCACUGGCCCUGGACAAGACCCUGGACCAGGAGGACCUCAGCUGCCACCCGGACCUCUGGCUGGAGGAAGGCCAGGAGGAGGAGGACAAAAAGGAGGAGCUGGCAGUGGUGUGUGCCAGGCGCAUCGGCAUCAGCGGGGACUGGGCCCACAAGCCCCUGCGCUUCUAUCUCCGGGGCAACAAGUACGUCAGCGUUGUUGACAAGGAGGCUGAGGGGGCCGCUGGAACCAGGCCCACAGAUGAACCCAGAGCCUGAAGGAAUAAGCGGGUCCUGCCUGGGUCUCUGGGGUAUUUUCUCACAUUGGACAAUAAAGCAACUUUUCCUCUUUUGGCAAAA